AUGGACAAAGAUGAGGCUGUCUUCUUGAUGGGAGAAGAAGUUGGUCAAUAUAACGGUGCCUACAAGGUCUCGCGUGGUCUUUUAGACCGUUUCGGUGAAAAGCGUGUUAUCGAUACUCCUAUUACUGAGAUGGGUUUUGCUGGUCUCUGUGUCGGUUCGGCUCUUGCCGGACUUAAGCCUGUCUGUGAGUUUAUGACUUUCAACUUCGCCAUGCAAGCCAUUGAUCAGAUCAUCAACUCUGGUGCUAAGACUUUCUACAUGUCUGGUGGUACUCAACAAUGUAACGUCACUUUCCGUGGUCCCAAUGGUGCUGCUGCGGGUGUCGCUGCUCAACACUCUCAAGACUAUUCUGCUUGGUAUGGUGCCAUCCCUGGUCUUAAGGUCGUGUCUCCCUACUCUGCUGAAGACGCCAAGGGUCUUUUGAAGAGUGCUAUUCGUGACCCCAAUGUUACCAUCUUCUUGGAGAAUGAAAUCAUGUACGGGGAGUCUUUCCCAGUAUCUGAGGAGGUCUUGUCCCCUGAUUUUACUAUUCCUUUCGGUGUUGCCAAGGUUGAACGUGCUGGUACUGAUAUCACCAUUGUUGCCCAUUCUAGAGACGUUGGCACCUCUCUCAAGGCUGCUGACCUUCUUAAGAAGCAGUACAACGUUGAGGCUGAAGUCAUCAACUUGAGAUCUAUUAAGCCCCUUGAUGUCCCCUCCAUUGUUAAGUCUGUCAAGAAGACUAACAGAAUCAUCUCUGUCGAGGCUGGUUUCCCUGCUUUCGGUGUUGGUUCUGAAAUUGCCGCUCAAAUCAUGGAGUCUGAGGCCUUCGACUACUUGGAUGCCCCUGUUGUCCGUGUUACUGGUGCUGAGGUCCCUACUCCUUACGCCAUUGAGCUUGAGAACUUUGCUUUCCCCACCCCUGAAGUCGUUGUUCGUGCUGCUAAGUCUGUAUUGUACAUUGACGAAGAGUAA